AUGGCUUCCCGUGGACUCCCCCGUGCCCUCCGUCUGGCCCGCGUCGCCGCUCCUCGCUCCGUCAUCUCGGCCGCCCUCCCCCGGCCCGCUCUGGCGAAGGCUGCUACCCGUGUGGCUGUCUCGACCGUCCCCGUCCGUGGUGUUAAGACUAUGGACUUUGCUGGCCACAAGGAGACCGUCUACGAGCGUGCCGAUUGGCCCCGUGAGAAGCUCCAGGAGUUCUUCAAGAACGACACCCUUGCUCUGAUCGGUUAUGGUUCUCAGGGUCACGGCCAGGGUCUCAACCUGCGUGACCAGGGUCUCAACGUCAUUGUCGGUGUCCGGAAGGAUGGUGCCUCGUGGAAGGAGGCCAUUGCCGAUGGCUGGGUCCCCGGCAAGAACCUGUUCGACGUCACCGAGGCCGUGCAGAAGGGUACCAUUGUCAUGAACCUGCUCUCCGACGCUGCCCAGAGCGAGACCUGGCCCACUCUCAAGCCCCUCAUCACCAAGGGCAAGACCCUCUACUUCUCCCACGGUUUCUCCCCCGUCUUCAAGGACCUCACCAAGGUCGACGUCCCCGCCGAUGUCGAUGUCAUCCUCGUCGCCCCCAAGGGUUCCGGCCGUACCGUCCGCACUCUCUUCCGUGAGGGCCGUGGCAUCAACUCCUCCAUUGCCGUCUUCCAGGACGUCACCGGCCAGGCCAAGGAGAAGGCCAUCGCCAUGGGUGUUGCCGUCGGUUCCGGCUACCUCUACGAGACCACCUUCGAGAAGGAGGUCUACUCCGAUCUGUACGGUGAGCGUGGUUGCUUGAUGGGCGGUAUUCACGGCAUGUUCCUCGCUCAGUACGAGGUUCUCCGUGAGCGUGGCCACAGCCCCUCCGAAGCUUUCAACGAGACCGUCGAGGAGGCCACUCAGUCUCUCUACCCCCUCAUCGGUGCCAACGGUAUGGACUGGAUGUACGCCGCUUGCUCCACCACCGCCCGUCGUGGUGCCAUCGACUGGUCCAACCGCUUCAAGGAGACCCUGAAGCCCGUCUUCAACGACCUGUACGACAGUGUCCGCGAUGGCUCCGAGACCAAGCGUUCUCUGGAGUACAACUCCCAGAAGGACUACCGCGAGAAGUACGAGAAGGAGAUGCAGGACAUCCGUGAUCUCGAGAUCUGGCGUGCUGGCAAGGCCGUUCGUUCCCUCCGUCCUGAGAACCAGAAGUAA